GGAAGGACCCUGGCCAGGCAUAGCCAUCCCUGGGCGGGGCAGCAUUUCCCAGCGCUGACUCAGUCCCCGAGUUCAUCCAUAGGACACUACAUGGUUAACCAGUAACCACACGCCCUCGCUCCACCCACAAAGCCAUUAUAGCCCAUGUCCAGGCCAAGGGCGUGUCACAGGCUAACAUGGGCGUCCGGGAAGAAGUGAUGUCCCGAUAUCCCCACUCAGCCCAACAGCCGCACCUGGGCAGCCUGAGCCCCUUCUUGCUCACCUGCGCCGCCUACUUCUUCCUCUGGAUCCCUGAGGACCCGCCGUCCAGGGUGGGCGCUCUGGUCAAGUGCCUGCCGGUGCUGUGCCUGGUGGGGCUCCUGCGGGCGAACCCCGGCUCUGGCUCCGGUGGGGGCUACAGCCUUCGCCUGCAGGUGGCCCUGCUCUUCUCGGCCCUCGGGGAUGUCUUCCUCAUCUGGCCCAAGAACUUCCUGUAUGGCUGCGCCGCCUGCGCCAUGGCCCAGCUGCUCUAUAUCUGGGCCUUUGGGAUGAGACCCCUGCGGCCCAACCUCCUGCUGCCCAUCAUCCUGGCCUCCCUCCCGUUCUCCGGGAUCCUGCUGCUGUACUUCUCCUCGAGCCUGGUCCUGCCCCUGUCGGCCUACGUGCUGGCCCUGUCCACCACGCUGUGGCGCGGCCUGUGCCCGUUCCACCUGCUGUCCAUCUUCCUGGCCUCCCUCCCGUUCUCCGGCCUCCUCCUGCUGCACCUCCCGCCAGACCUGGUGCUGCCCGUGUCGGCCUACGCGCUGAUCCUGUCCACCAUGCUGUGGCGGGGCCUGGCCAGGGGCGGGAGCGCCCGCUGGGGCGCCCUGCUCUUCGCCGCCUCCGACUCCCUGCUGGCCUGGCACACCUUUGUCCAGCCCCUGGCCCACGGCCGCCUGCUGAUCAUGGCCACCUACUACAUCGCCCAGCUCUUCAUCACCCUGUCCGCCUUCCAGAGCCCCAAGCUCAAGACUGACUAACCAGGGGCCCCGACCAGCCGGCGUCCGCCUGUUCCCCUCCUGCAGGGGCCCGGAACCAGACGCCGUGGGGGCUGGAGCCAGGCUCGCAGACUCGCCUGCAUACCUCCGUCCACCUAUGGGAACCGUUUGCAGAAUUCCAGAUGCACCGCCGAGUUCCGAAUGCCUUCCCUCGGUUCUGAUUCCCGUUUCCAGGCCCAGGCUGGGCCUCCCCAAGCCCCGCCCGCUCCUGUGACCACCGGGCCCCCCAGUCUGUAGGGAAGCACGGGAGACUCAGCUGGAAAGUCUGUAAGGAGGAAAUUCCGAAAAGGGACGUGGGCUGAAGGCGGACACGCUGUCUAUCAGAAUUCCGACUUGGAGUUUGGCCAAAGCGGCCGCCCCUAAUUGUUCCGUGACCUUUCCCACCAAGUCCGUGCAUGUGCGGCCCCCCAGGUGUUUGCCGGAAUCCUUAUGCUUAAUCUUCGGGUGUCCUUGCCUAGAGGACACUGCAGACACAUGUGCCCUCCCAAGAUUGCCCUACUGACUGUUUCUAAAAGGUAAACUGUAUCUCAAACGGCUGCUGCAAUAAAAGCCCGAGGAGGCAGGCGAACGGGGCUGACUGGUUCCUUCAGCCAAGCUGUCCCUUAGCCCUCUCUUUCACAGCA